UAGUUAUUAAAUAGAAGGCACACACACGCGUGUAAAGUACUGGACACGUGCAAAGUGUUUUACACCAAUUUUGUUGAAAGAAAAGAAGCAUUUGGAUUAAGCAACAGAAACAACAAUGGGUUGGAGAGGAAUAUUGGGUUUGGAAUAUGGCAUAGUUCAAGCACCAUUAGGUCCUGAUAUCUCUGGUCCUCAACUUGUUGCUGCCGUUGCCAACGCUGGUGCUCUUGGCCUACUCAGAGCCCCUGAUUGGGAAUCACCAGAUUACUUGAGGGGGCUCAUAAAGAAGACUAGGACCUUAACCGAUAAACCUUUUGGGGUUGGUAUUGUUUUAGCUUUUCCUUAUGAGGAGAACUUGAAGGUCAUUCUUGAUGAAAAAGUCGCAGUCUUGCAAACUUAUUGGGGUGAUUGUACAACAGAAUUGGUAACCAAGGCUCAUUCAGCUGGUGUCAAAGUUGUUCCACAAGUCGGGAGCGUCGACGGCGCAAAACAGGCAAUUGAUGCAGGUGUCGAUGGAAUAAUCGUACAAGGACGUGAAGCUGGUGGUCAUGUCAUUGGUCAGGAUAGUUUAAUUUCAUUGGUACCGAGGGUAGUCGAUCUUGUUGGUGGUCGUGAUAUACCUGUUAUUGCAGCUGGUGGAAUUGUAGAUGCUCGAGGUUAUGUUGCUGCUCUAGCACUUGGUGCUCGAGGUGUUUGUCUAGGCACUAGGUUUCUCGCAACGGAGGAAAGCUAUGCUAAUCCUUUAUACAAAAGAAAGUUAGUUGAAUUCGACGAAACUGAGUACACAGAUGUAUUUGGCAGGGCAAGAUGGCCCGACGCACCUCAGCGUGUCUUGCAGACGCCCUUCUUCAAAGAGUGGAGAUCACUUCCAACCCAUGAAAGUGAAGCCAACCAGCCUGUCAUUGGCCAUUCAACAAUUCAUGGCGUGGAGAAAGAGAUACGACGUUUUGCCGGUACAGUCCCAAAUAUUUCAACUACAGGAGAUCUUGAGAGCAUGGUGAUGUAUGCUGGCCAAAGUGUUGGUCUCAUAAAGGAAAUUUUGCCUGCUAGUGAAGUAAUAAAGAGGCUAGUUGAAGGAGCUCAACUUCUAAUACAUCAAAACUUGAAGUAGAUUUUCAAUUUCAAGUGAGAUUAGGCUCACAUUUCAAGUAGCUUGGUCAAAUCCAUAUUUGCAUAAUAAUUUUAAUUUUGAUCGAUAUUGGUAUCCAACUUCAAGUUUGGUAAUCCAAUUUAUUUCUAUAUAAUUUUGAAAAAUAAAAAUAUGUAAACUAGUUGAAACCCCUUUUUUUAGUCCUAAAAUAAUCUUAGCCAACCACUCUUUGCAAUUAUAGGAGUCGUAUUAUUUGUUUCAAACUAGAAUUAAAAGCAUAUCAAAGUAUGCGACUUCAAAUAAAA